GCUCCAUACCCACAAACCCUCCCCUCCCCUUUCACGAAUGCAAUGAAAGCGGCCACUCCGGUCAGGAAGCAGAUCGGGAUAGUUUUUGACCACAUACCCCAUCCCCUCCUGAUUCGCAACCCCAUGGACAGGCGGUAGCAAGUUAACAAACAGUUUACCAAACUGCUACGCUGCGUGGCAGAAACCGCUCCCAGCUGCAAAAGGGGAGGGUUGCGUUUUGCUGAUCAAGUGUUUUGAGCCAUGGGGCAGUAGUUCAACACAUCAGUACUACUGAAUGGAAGCUACUCCUUGUACUCCACAAUCUCAGCUACCACUGUAAAAGAAAUUGUCUCCAGCGCUCCUGGUUGCAAGAAACCCACAGCCACCAUCAAACGUGAGCUGAGGAUAUGUGAAGCAGUAAUUUGCGCCUCAGUCGGCGGCUCGGAGCGACCCGGUUCCUCGCCCUAGGGCUGUUGACUCUGCAACUGAAUGGCACAAUGUAAACGCCAGCGCUGUUAGCCGGUCAGUGCAGAUCGGAGCGCAGCACAGGGCCCUGGGGAGCUACUGUGAAGACAAGCGUCGUGAACGACUCACUCGUGGGAAGAGUGAGACCUUGUCCCCGCUUCCCUCUGCCCCAGACUCCGCUCCAGCGCGCGGUCCCUACCCGGGCGGAGUCCCUCUACGGCUGCAGGCUGGGCCGACGCUGCCGGCUCCGCUUAGCUGCGGCACGUCCCAAGCACCUGCACAAAGACGCAGUCGGGGACAUAAACGCUCCGCGCGCCCCAAAGCCGGGGAAAGCCCGGCCCGGGGGCUGGGCGGAGGCUCCAGCCGAGGCGGCACAGAGCGCUCAAGGGCAGGGGAGCCAAAGGCGGCGCGGCGGGCUGGGGGUGCGAAAGAGGGGAUUCGGAGACAUUUGCCAAGCACGUGGGCGGGCUGUCGGGGAUCUCCCUGAUGUCGGAGGCCCCCCUCUCUAUGGCUACUCCCAGUGGCUUGUCUGGCCCGCGGUUCCGGUUGCCUCACUAGCCUGGGAGGACCAAAUACUCGCGCAGGCCCUGUAGCGGGAGACGAAGCGAGCUGAUCGCCUCAGAGUCGAGAAGCGGCGACCGCAUACGAGAGCACAGCCCCGCCUGGAACAGCCUCACCUGCGGUGCCGCCGGCGACUUCAUUCCACCCCGGAGCUCAUUUACAUGGACACAGGCGGAGUGCCCCCUCAGCACCUAAUUGGUUCCCAGGUGUGUAGGCACUACGCCCCCCUGUGGACACGCCCCCACAGGGUCAAAGUUACUGAUCCCAUGGCAACUGAUGUUUCUAAUAGUCCAAGUCUGUGACUUUGCCCAGACGUCAUUCAGUUCUGGCAAGUGGAAUGAACUUAGGAUGUCAGCCAAGACUUUUUGGGGGAUUCUUGCUCUGCUCCGAAUUUUCUGGUGUCUUCUUCCUCAGACAGGUUACCUUCAUCCUGAUGAAUUCUUCCAAUCACCUGAGGUCAUGGCAGGAGAUAUUUUAGACCUACAAGUCUAUUAUCCCUGGGAAUUCCUUUCCAGUUCUCCUUGUAGAACAGUUGUGUUCCCAUUAAUUACAUCUGGCAUUACCUACUGGAUGAUCAAGUCUUUGCAACGGCUGGGCAUGUGGUCAAAUGGCAUCAACAGCUACACCCUUCUUGUGUCACCUCGCCUUCUCCUCACCACCUUUUCUUUCAUACUUGACUAUAGCGUGUAUCGGCUAGCUCCUUUCUGGGGUGCAGAUCGGUGGAACGCCCUGGUUCUGCUUGCUGGGUCCUAUGUCACACUAGUAUUUUACACGAGAACAUUUACUAACACACUUGAAGGACUUCUGUUUGCCCUGCUGAUGGUACUAGUAUCUCCAAAAGCAGUUGGUUAUGGAACAGACAUCAGCCAGGCGAAACCUACCAGUAGCAGUCUCAUAGGGAUUAUAACAGUUGCUGGGUUUUUCAACAGGCCAACUUUUCUGGCAUUUGCUUUAAUGCCACUGCUUUACUGGGCAGUUUUAAAUGCCACUUCUCAGCACAGCAUUAAAACUAUUGCAAACCACCUCUUGAAGCUUGUUUCAAGCACAGCUUUCACUGCCAUCAUCUUCACAGCAGCUGACACAUUAUAUUUUACCUCCAUUGGAUCAGAGAUUAGCCUAUACAGCAUUAAAAAGAAUGGCCUGUUAAGCACCAUAGCUCAAAUAAAUCAGAAUGUAAUAGUGACCCCUUUUAAUUUUCUCCGCUAUAAUCUUAAUCCCCAUAAUCUUGCACAGCAUGGGAUUCACCCAAGAUUAACUCAUUUUGCAGUCAAUGGGAUAAUGCUCUUUGGGAUCCUGCACAUUCUGGCUAUCAGUGUUGGUUUGAAAAUGCUGAAAAUAAACAUCCAUCAAUUAUCAUGGAUCAGACUACAUAAUCAUAGGCCACCUACAAUGUUGGUGCUUGCCAAGGGCAAUCCAACAUUAUUAUUAUUCUAUUUUGUUCCUUUGGCAUUCCUUUCCCUGUUCAACCACCAAGAACCUCGAUUCCUCAUUCCUCUUAUUUUACCACUAGUCCUAUUGAUCACACCGCAGAAUAGAACCCUGAAGUGGAAACCCAUCAUUAUUAUUUUCAAUGUUCUUGGUGCCCUUUUGUUUGGGUGCUUACACCAGGGAGGGCUGAUCCCAUGCCUGUCUCAUUUAGAACAGCUCAUACAUUCUACAGAGUCCCUGAACCAUCCAGCACACUAUACUCUACUCUUUGCUCACACCUAUAUGCCUCCCAGGUUUCUGCUCAGUAUCAAUAAGAGAGACCCACUAGUAGAAAUAAUUGAUAUGGCUGGAACUGAACAAAACACCCUCUGCCAAACUCUGGGACAAUUAGCAAACAACAUUGCCUGUGGGACUAGAGAGACUGAUAAAGAAAGAACUUGUCAUUUUUUUGUUAUAACCCCCGGUACAGUCAGAACAACAAUACAAAAAUGUGGGGUUCUGUUCAAGAAUGAGACAUUAAUAUUUCCACACUUGACAAUGGAAGAUCCACCACAAAUAUCCUUUCUAUUCAGUGAAAAAUGGAGAAGUCAGUUAGGACUAUACAUCCUUCAGAUAGACAGAAAUGAACAGAGCAUUUAGUUAUUAGAGGAUUUAUGUUUCACUUUUUAAUUUUAUUUAGUUCUGGUGAAAGUUGCUCGAUCAACAGUCCUGGAGAUUGAUGUUCUCUCCCUUUAUUCACAGACACAAGUACAGCACAAGCAGUGGGAGUGCAAACUUCCCCAUAUUGUCCCCCCACUAUUACCCUCAGCAGUGUUCCUCAGCCCUAUUCUGGAUGGAUGCUAUCUAAGUGUGAGGUCGUUCGAUCUCCAGCAUUGUUUUUACACCAGGAUAAUUUUCCUGCUGGGAGAGGACAAAAUCAGAGAAAAAAGGCUGAAGUUCUUUCUCUCCACAAAACUUUCCAGAUGGUUUUGGGUCAGCUCUUCUUGUGUCAAGUAUAUUGUUUUUUUUUUUUUUUUUCUUUUAUUAUAUCUCUUUAGAUUAUACUUCUUAUUUAUAUGCAUUAAUGCUGCAGUAAAGCAUUCAGGGCCUCCUCCCAGUAGUUACAGUAGGCUCCAGUCAUGAUAUAGAAUUCAUUUUUAUGAGCACCUCUGUUACAGGAUGGUGCAUGAUCAGAUAUAUCCUCUCAAGGGAUUGUAUCAUGUCCUUGAAAAGGGAGUGGGAUUAGUUUCAUUGUCUAGUAACGUCUAAUGUUUUAUCACUAGCAAGUCAGAUCCUAGGAAUGGAAGCCCCAGGUUCAAUCCCCAAACCAGCCACUGCUUAGUCUUACUGUUCAUUUAUCUUUUCCUGCUACAAGGCCAUUUAUUUGUGGAAACAGUAUAUUUUAAAUUGCCUUUCUAUUAGGAGUGGAUCUGAACCUGAACCCAUAGAUCCCUGAACUACAGCGAGGGGAAUUGCAGAAGUUGAACCAAGAUCUGGACAUAAAUUUCACAGGUGACCUCCUUUGGAUAUAGGAGUUUGGUUCUGGCCAUUAUGGACAAACACUUCCAGACUUUGGGGAAAUAUUAAUCCUGAUCCAAACCUUAUAGGUCAAGCCUGUCUCUUUCAGAUGAACCUGCCAAUGAUAAAUGGGACUUGUUCAAAUGCCAGUCAUACUACACGAAGGGCUUGGUACAUACAGUUUCAGAUUUUAAAUGCCAAUUUUACAAGCAGACCAAAUAAUGGACUAUGAAGAUAGUUUAUGGGGCCAAGUUAUAAAAGGAAAUCAAGACCAAGUCCCAAUAUGAAGAAUUUAUCAUUGUUUGCCAAAUUUCACAGAAAUUCACAGAAGAUGAUGUCCAUGCUUGGCAUUCUGAUCAAUGUAAAUAGUUUUUGGUCUCUGCAAAGCACUUUAUACUGGGGGGGAAGCUGUUUUUCCUAAUUGUGGAAAUGCAUGUAGGUUAUGUGUAUUUGUUUGCUUUGCUGUUUUAUGUAACAUUAGAAGAAGUUAUGAAAACACCUUGAUACUGUACCAAAUGUAUUUUUCAGGUUAAUUCUAUUGUUUUCUAUGCUGCUACACAUUUCUGGAAAAAAUCCUGUUCCAUGUGUUUUGUGUUAUAGUUGGUGGGGUGUUGUAUUGACUUUUCAGAACCAUGUUUAAUAUUUCAGACCUUCCUUGGUGUUCAUAGCAGAAUUCAGUGAAGGCUCUUAGUAAAGAACUGUACUUCUUUUCUGUAUCUUGGAAUGUAUAUAACCUCCAUCACCAUAGUAUCUGAAAGUCUUAUAGCUCUCAUUUGAUGUAGUGAACUAUUAUUCUCCAUGGUACACUGAGAUCGUGUGGCUUUUCUAUGGUCACAGAGGCAGCCUAUGGUGGAUCCAAGAACAGAACCUGGCUCUCCUGAGUGCCAAUCCAUCUCCUUAAUCUCAAACCCAUCUUUCCUCUCUUACCAGGUAGAUCUUUGCUGUUUAUACGUGGGCCCGUAUACCUUGCAUAUCUAAAAUGCUUACUGACAUCAAGUGGACUUUUUAGGUGUGCAAAGGAUGCAGGACGUGCCUCUAUGUGUGUCAGAUUUAAUCUUAUUUCAAUAGCGCUCUUCAUCCUCAAGCAUACAAAAUGUUAUACAAAUUAAGUAUACACACAUGAAAUUCAGCUACUACUGUAAUGGACCAUGAUUACUCUUCAGCACAUAGCAACAUUACACAAGUUAAAAGUAGGCAGUGAGAAAUACCAUCUCCAACUGAAACUGCAUGGGGGGAAAUGAGGUUAAUAGACCUCUGUAUUAUGAUGUAUUGCCCAUUAAGAUAGUAACAUACCGUUUUAGAUAAUUCUUUCAAAUAGCACAUUCUGAGGGCUAUUUUAAUACUGAAGUUUCUUUCUGCCCCCACCACAGCCAGGGACUUGCUCUGGGCAAGUUAUUUAAUCUUUCUGUGACUCAUUUUACCUAUCAGUAAAGUGGGGUUAAUACUUACCCCACCCAACAGUGUAAAGUUCUUUGAGAUCUUCAGAUGAAAGGGGCACUAUAAAUGUAAAGUAUUACUACUCUAUAUAAGAUGCCUGCUGUGACAGAUAUGGCAAUUUACUGCAAUAUCUUUAGAAGAUCUUACUGUAUUAAGUAUAUGUAACAUUGUGGGCCAGACACUGUAUGUAAUUCCAUGGGGGUGGGCGAACACAGCUUCUCCAGGAACUAAGAACAGUGUGGGUGAUUUGGAAAAUUUACUCAGGUUGUAACAUCUCCAGCGUUACCACCACUUGGAGAGGCUCACAUAUAUUGAUUCAAACUGGAUUCUCUAGAGACCAACAGACAAAGUGUAGACUUUUAGAUAAAUAGCCUGAAUUUAAACUGACUUGGGGCCUUCUUUCUGAUCCAGCAAACUGAUUGUGGGGAAAGAACAAUUGCAUUCUGCCAAUAAAUUGCAUAUCUUAUUUUACUCUUUCAUGCAUAUUGUGGGGAUAAUAAAAGAAUUAAAGUUAGCUUAAGUCUGGUUAAGAAAAUAAUAUACACCUCUACCCCGAUAUAACGUGACCCGAUAUAACACAAAUUCAGAUAUAACGCAGUAAAGCAGUGCUCCGAGGGGUGGGGCUGGGUGCUCCAGCAGAUCAAAGCAAGUUCGAUAUAAUGCGGUUUCACCUAUAACGCAAUAAGAUUUUAUGGCUCCCGAGGACAGUGUUAUAUCGGGGUAGAGGCCAUGAGAAUAAGUAGUAUUACUUAUUGCUUGUAGUGUGGGAAGGAUGUUUGGUUCCAAAAGUAACCAAUACAAUAAAGAGCUACAGUAACAAACAAAAACUGUCUUAAAAGAAACAAGCAUGAACCUUCCAACCGUUCUGCUGCUAAGCAAGGAGUGGGGAGGAGAUAAGAAGGGAAGGUCUUGGAGGAAGGAAAAUAGCAAGGAUAAACUGCUUCGAAUGGGAUUUUUGCUCAAGAUAGCAAAUUAGCUGAAGGAUAUAAAGAGAGCCAUGAAUCUGAAGGUUGUUUGGGAGACCCUGCCUGAUCAUGCUGGAGUACAUGGAUUAGAUGUUUUUUACUUAGGUCUGGUGUGUCUCUAAGUAUACUGAUCAACUGCUUACAACUACUUUGUUACUGUACUGGGUGUAGUGACUGCUUAUUUUUAGGUUGUUAGGCAUGUUUAGAGCAAUUGUAUAAAAUGCCAUUUGGCCUUUGGACUUAAUAAAGGAAUUAUAGUUAAAUUAA